AUAAAAUAAAAUAAUAUUAAACAAGACAGUUGAAAAAAAAAAAAAAAGAGACCCGCCCUCAAAGUCGUCAUUCCCGCUGCUUACGCACGUACAAUACCCAAUACUUUUGAGGGAUCGUGCUUAUGAGCUACGGAUGCACCCGAGUCGCAAAUAAGACCGUACCAAUAAUAAUCAGGAGCACUGUCUGACGUAGGUAGUGACCCAACCGACCGCUGACUAGCAAUUGAGCCUUGCAAUCGACACAAGGCGAUGCCACUUACCGGUUUUGAACUGUCCUAGCCGAAAAAGAAUUACAUCCUUAUUCCUUACUGUCACUGCAGUUCGCUGUCACCCAACCAACAUACGGCAAUUCAAACCACCUGUUCUCGGUCGUAUGCUGUCUAAUCCCUUACUCUAGCACUCUAGCGACCGAGAGCACCUGUACUUUUGGUUUUUAUCAAAUGCGAAUGCCGAGAUCACGAGAACGUAGUGAGAUCCGUCCCCGACACUGCCGCAUGGGGGCGCCGUGAACGAGGAAUGCCAUCACAUCAUCACUACUCAGGCCCGGACGAACCACGUAGCUCUAUCAUACUACCGCCCUCCCCAUCUCCCAGCUAUGACCCAAAUAAUUUACAAUCAUUGAAUACCGAGAAACAGAGUAGUCCUUCCGGGACUAGUUUCUCUAGCGACCUCGCCGAUUCCAUGCGAAACUUGCCAACCAACGCGGUAGGGCCGACGAACCCCGAUGCACCUUGGCUGACACUUGCCUCCUCGAGCGUAGACCACGUGAACUUGCGAGGCAACGGUUUGGACGCGGUCGGUGUGGAGAAAUUUCCGUCCGUCGUCAGAGAUGUUCAACCCGAAAAGGAUGAAUUACCAAGAGGAACAACAGGAGUUGGCCCGGGCGCAAGGAGAAAAGGCAGGGAGGUCAGCAUCGCAGAGACUUCACCCGAAGUCAUAGAAAAUAAACGCUCUAUUACUGAAUACCGGGUACGACUUGCGAAGGAAAUGGAACGUCGAGAACAAGCGGUUCGAGGUCCCCCGUCGCCUUCUGGAAAUGCGUCUGAGAAGACGCGCAUAUCACCUAUUAAGGAAGAGUCUAGCGCGACACCCUCACCAACACCCGAUUCUGACAUACCGACUGCCUCGACCGAAUCAACUAAGACGGUUCGUGGCGGUAUGACCCCAAACUUCACGGCCCGCACACCAUCAUACCCCUUCCCACGUAUGGGUACCCCCAGUUUCACCUCGACGUAUCUGCAAAAUGCUCUUGGCCAGCAGCCCACCCAGGGCGGAUCCGUUAACGCGACCGGUUCCCAAUUUAGUGGUUUUGUGUUGCAUGAUCAGUUGAGAUCUGACCCAUCGUCGCCGGCGUCGGCCAUGACUUUCCUACCUCCUGGAGUAACCACCAAACCGAACCUCGACUUCCCCACACCAAAUCUUUAUGACCUAACCUUGAUGCUUUCUGCCGAGCCUGGCUUAGAUGCAUGGUGGAGCAGUGUCGUCCAGAUUAUGACUGGAUACUAUAAAGCAGAGAGGGUAACUCUCUCAGUACCAGCUGACCCAACAGACGUUGAAAAUGUACCUUGGGGGCAAAAGGCCACAUACAACGCCCUAGAGGAAGAUGACUUAAGCGUAGGAUAUAUAGCCCGGGGAGCCAGUCUUGUUGCGAAUAGCAUAGGUGAUCAGUCUGAGUUUGUAGUGACUCCGGAGGGACUCCAAAAGGUUGAUAAGCCCGUGCGACCAAUUAUCCGAAACCGUCAUUCCUUUACCGCUUAUGAAGAUAAAAGGGGUGCUGGAGAGGGAGAUGUGGAUCAAGCCGCUGGCCCUAGCUCUCACCGGCCUACUUUACUUCAACGGAGUAAAAGUUAUUAUCCAGGUACCGACAGGCAUGAACCUCAUUCGGCAUUAAAUAGACAGGCGUUGGAGGAACAUGAUGCUAUUGAGGACCAACAGCAAGUUCCAACGUGGGAAGCAAGGCUCGAGCCGAAGAGUGAAGUUAGAGGACGUCUUCUUCCGGUAUUGCAAGGACUUGACUUUGAAGCAGACCCUCUCAUCGACCACAACGGUAUAACCCGCGUUGUUGAGCGAGGCAAAGUGAUUGCUUUAACACGGACGUAUCCCUACCUCGACCCGAACUCCGAAGAAAAACGACAACCGAAGAGCGCUAAAGUUACGCCAGCGGAAGACCCGAAGAAAAUAUCAAAAAAGCCUAUUAGAACCGAAUCACAAACGAAACUCUCCUCAUUGUUAGCAAAUGCGAGCGCACCCCGAUCCUUAAGCCGAAAUCGAAAGUCGUUAUCAGCAGAUAAAAAGAUCCCUAGUUUAUUCUCAACGAUAGAUGAUAUUCCACCUCGACCUCCCACCCCGAAAUACGAAGAGUACGAACAGGCACCCCCGUCACCAUGGUCCCAAUCACCGGCACCUUCGCCCGCCGUCCGAGCCGACCCUUCAGAGAAUCCCUUUUUCACCGACGCCGUAGUUGACGAAGAAUCCUUCAAUCCAGGACCAAGUCCGCAAGAUUAUGCAUCCACGCAACCCCCGGAGACUAUUGGAGUUGACAACUCCUGGACCGUGCUCCAUGUGCCUCUGAACCAUGUCCUUCUUUCGAAGCCACCUCAAAAGUUCAAACUGGAUCCCUCUGCAUUAGAACAGAAAGUUUCUCAGCGCAACCAUCCGGAGCCGAGUGUAGGUUCUGCUAUGUUACAUGAGCGCCUAUCUACCGAGGAAUUAGCCAAGAAGAACAAACAUCUGCCUAUUGCAAUCUUGUCGAUCUUAACCCCUAUCAUACCGUAUCCCUCCAACCUACGCCACUCACUCGAACACCUGGCACCCCAUUUAGCAGCGACUUUCUCCCUUUGUCGACACUAUUCAACUCUUGAAACAGAAGUAAUGGGUCUUCAUCGGAAGAGGCCGUCUACCAGUGGAUUCGGUGCUAUUGGACUCGAUGGACGACCAGUCGCUGACCCUGCCAUUUUCGCUCAUCUUAAUUCUCCGCCGGCUGAGGAUGUUUCCCAACGCUCGGUUACCGGAAGUCUCACCAGCCCUAGCGAAUAUUCAGGUCCAUCCCGGAGCAUUAAUGCUUCACCCAGUGGAACGCCGUUUUGGGAUCCUAGCUCUUUUGGACUUGUCGUGGAGAGGCGAACUGCGGGUACUAGUCCUAGUCAGCCAGGUGGUGAUAGCUAUUUUGGUUCCGUACCUCGAAGUGAAGGCCUUUCUGUAGAGGCAUCAGCUCAAAGGACGUUAGCUCAACGUGCUUCUAGAACCAUUAAUAAGGAAGGCGGUUUGACUAUCGAAAAGCAGCCAAGACGGGUGAGAAGUCUUCUGCACCAUCAGCAAGAUUUGAGCGCAGCUGUAAAAGACGUCGAAAAUUCCGAGCUUCCCUCUCGCAAUUCCGGUAUUUUCGAUGAAAUAAUAAUCAAUCAGGCAUUGAAGCAACGGCCGACGUCAAAGGAUUCUUCCGAGAUGAACACCGGAUUGGAAAUUCCGCCAUCUCGUCACGAAGCUGAUGACGGUCGGAAGCGGCUUUCUGGCCAGAGUAUAUCGUCUAACAGCCAUAAACACACCAUGUUACAUUCGUAUGGUGGCGAUUUCUCCACGACCUUCCAAUCCCUACCCUCCAGCACUUCCCUACUCUCGAAACCUACGUCGCAACCUACAACACCGGCCAGACCUGGAUCUUCAUCUACGCCACACGUUACCAUGCUCCCUCCAUCGGAUCGCCUAAAGGGGCUUAUGCUCGACCUUUUACCUGUCCAUGUUUUCGUUGCACUGCCUGUACAUGGGGAGAUCGUCUGGGUUAACAGUCGUUAUCUAACUUACAGGGGUCAGACUCUUGCAGACCUGGUCGCAGAUCCUUGGGGAAGUCUGCAUCCUGAAGAUCGUGACGAGUAUAUGCGUGCCUGGACGCAUUCUCUUCGGUCCGGUGAUCAAUUCGCCCAAUCAGUACGCCUUCGUCGCUUCGAUGGUGCAUACCGAUGGCACCAGGCUCGUGCGGUAGCCUCGAGAGAUAAACGUGGAGUAAUAGUACAGUUUAUCGGCUCCUAUAUGGAUAUCCAUGAUCAAAAGGUAGCCGAAUUAAUGGCGCUCCGCCAAGAGGAGAUCGAAGUAUCAGAGGCAAAACAUCGCCUGUUAGCAAACUUGAUACCCCAGAUAAUAUUCACCGCUACAGAAGAUGAUGGAGUCACAUUCGCAAACGAACAAUGGCUCUCUUAUACCGGGCAGAGCGAUGAAGGCGCAUUGGGCCUAGGGUUUAUAGACUACGUACACCCAGACGACUUAGCGAAAUGUCGAUUACCGUUAGAGCGCUCAACAGCACCAUCUCCGAGUGGGGAGCACGUGGACGAUAUAUCUCGGCACCGUUCGUCGACGGGCACCACAUUGCUACCUCCAGAUCUAAUUAGUGGGCAACCAGGGAACAUGCCUCAGAAUCACAGCUCGCCCCGUGAUUUCGUCACCGCAGAUUUAAAUGACCUCUUCCGGAGAGGCAUCCUUAAGGUUUCAACAGACAGUAAUGGCCGCCUUUCGUACACCACCGAGGUGCGAUUACGAUCAAAAUCUGGCGAAUAUCGAUGGCAUUUAGUGAGGUGCGUCGAGAUCGGCGAUGUUGGUUUCGGUAGUAGCGCGAGUUCCUAUUUCGGUUCGGCAACUGACAUAAAUGACCAUAAACUGCUGGAGGAGAAGUUGAAAGAAGCUAUGGAGUCCAAGGGUAGAUUUUUGAGCAAUAUGUCUCAUGAAAUCCGAACACCGCUGAUUGGAAUUUCUGGUAUGGUAAGCUUCUUACAAGAUACGACACUCAACGAAGAACAGAGGGAUUACACGAACACCAUACAGACUAGCGCCAACAGUCUCCUUAUGAUCAUCAACGACAUAUUGGAUUUGUCCAAAGUCGAUGCUGGUAUGAUGAAGUUGAAUUUCGAAUGGUUUCAUACUAGAUCUCUUAUCGAGGACGUUAACGAACUAGUUUCGACGAUGGCGGUUGCUAAGCGACUCGAGCUUAACUAUAUCGUGGAAGAGAAUGUUCCUUCAUGGGUUAAGGGUGACAAGGUUCGCAUACGGCAAGUUCUUCUUAAUGUCAUUGGUAAUGCUAUUAAGUUUACCACAGUGGGAGAAGUCUUUAGCCGAUGUAGAGUCUAUUCGGCCAACGCAGCCGAACUCGGUGAACAUCAGAUUAUGCUUGAGUUCUCAACUAUUGACACUGGGCGAGGUUUCAGCAAAGAAGAAGCCGAGCUCAUCUUCAAACCCUUUAGUCAGAUCGACGGGAGUAGUACUCGACAACAUGGUGGUAGCGGCCUGGGCCUUGUGAUUUCAAGACAACUUGUGGAGCUUCACGGUGGAAAAAUGGACGGAAGUGCUGUACCUGGAAAAGGUUCCACGUUCACGUUUACGGCUAGGUUUGGCCUACCAAGUCCCAACGAUCAUCCCAGCAUAAUGAAUACCCCACCGAUGACUGCAUCCAGACGGUCUCCAGCAGAAGAGAAAUCAGCACAGGUUAUCAAACCCCUUUUAUUGCAAAAGGCAAUGGAGCCAGCCCCGACCGUUAGUCCCAGUUCUGAGGCGGAUAUUACUUCACCACCGCCAGAAUCCUCCGGCAGCUCGGAUCCUUCAAUUCGCUCUCUUCGAAGUCUGACUACUACCCGAUCUUCAGUUUCCUCGGUUAAUGUUGGCCUCACACAUUUUAGCGAAGCCGCAAAGGCUAGUGGACAAGACCUAUCUCGAAUGAAACUCGAAAUGCCUUCUGGGAAGAUGUCGCCACAUAUGGUACCUACUCCAGACGGUACUAAAUUCCCCACGGAGUUAGCACAGUUCCGACCACCGAUGUAUUCGAUCCUCAUCAUCUGCCCCCAGAAAUACAGCAGAGAAGCGACAACAAAUCAUAUUGAAAUGACGCUACCGAAAGAUGUCCCACACCAGAUAACGGCAAUGGCAAGUGUAUCAGAAGCUGCAGAAGUGAUUGGAGGCCAUGAAUCCGUCACUUUCACCCAUAUCGUUCUUAAUCUUCCAUCGGCCGAAGAGAUCAUAGGAGUUAUCGACAAGAUAAUCGCCAGCUCCGGUGGUAAGACCUCGGUACUUGUCUUAACGGACUCCGUUCAAAGGCAAGCGGUUCUCAAACUAGCGUCGGAUGCCGAGCACCAACAACUUCUAGCAGAAAAGAGGAUGAUUUUUGUAUACAAACCUGUUAAACCGUCUAGGUUCGCGGUCAUAUUCGAUCCGGCUAAGGAACGUGAUCUCAGUGUAGAUUUGAAUCGCUCCAGCGCCGCUCAAAUGGUCGAAAGUCAGAAGCAAAAUUAUUUGGAUGUGGAAAAGCGUAUUGGAAAUAAGGGAUACAAAGUACUUCUCGUUGAGGACAACCCCGUCAACCAGAAAGUUUUGGUUAGGUAUCUCAUGAAAGUUGGGAUUGAGGCGGAGAUCGCCGCCGAUGGCGUCGAAUGCACAGAGAAAGUGUUCGCACAACCACCAAAUUACUACUCAUUAAUAUUGUGCGACCUUCAUAUGCCUCGAAAGGAUGGUUAUCAAGCUUGUCGGGAAAUUCGACAAUGGGAGUCGCAUGCCAAUCUUCGCCCGAUGCCUAUCAUCGCCCUAUCGGCGAACGUUAUGUCGGACGUCCAAGAAAAAUGCGCAGCGGCGGGUUUUAGCGAUUACGUUACGAAGCCAGUUGACUUUGUCGACCUAAGCACGGCGAUGUCCAAGUUCUUCUGAUUCGCAGCCGAUAACGACCGGUUAGUAGCAGUUGCUGCUCUCUAAGAUAUGAUCAAUGCAUCUGCACGGCGUUUCCAGGAGAUAGAGGUUUAUUUUUUAUAAAAAGUGAAAAGGAAAGUGUUGUUGUAUACCACGAAUGCAUCGUCGGGGCGGCCGAGGCGGAGGAUUCAAAAAUAACAUUUGUAUUUUCUGCUGA